AUGGUUGGUGGUGCACCAGCUGCAUGCCCCGCCACCCAGUCUGGGAGCGGCAGGGAGGAGGACGGGUGGCGAGAGCAAAAGGCGAGCAGUGUCUCCUCUGAGUUGAGGCCGACCAGUCACCAGGGUGGCCUCCAGGGUGGUGAGGGUUGGGGUGAUUUGGAAUUGCGGGGAUUUCCCCCUCAUCUGCGCUCUCUCACCUCACUCCAAGACCUUCCUUGUUCCGCCCGUCUCGUCCCCUCACCCUGUGUUUUUCCUACCCUACCUUCUCUAUCCUCCUCUCUUGAUUUCAUCACUCUCCGCCCCCUUUCCCCACCCCCCUCUCUCUACCCCCACCAGGCCUUCCCCAUAGUGGGGGCGCGCUACAGCUGCCUUGACUGCCCAGAGCGAGCGGGCUUUGGCCUCUGUGCUGCCUGCUACAGCUGCCCGCCCGUGUUGCCCCGCCCCGGCCUUCCCCAUAGUGGCGGCGUGCUACAGCUAUCUUGCCUGCCUGGAGUGGGUGGGCUUUGA